ACAAUUGUGACAAGAUGAGUUUUCAGUGGGUGCUAGUGGCAUUUUUCUUGUACUUUGAAGUAGGUUUGGUUUUUUUGCUUUGCUUGCCGAUUAUAUCAGCUACAAGAUGGAGUCGAAUCUUCAAUUCAAAGCUACUCGGUUGGCUGGCCACACAUGGAAACUACUACUUCGGCAUUGUAGUUGUCAUCUUACUGAUCUUGUUUAUUGACGCAUUGAAUCAAAUGAGGAGGUAUGGCAACGAAAAAGACGUGGUUGAUCCGGCUGCUAACAUGCAGACUCACACUUACCACACAAUGAUGAAAUUUCGUGGUCAAAGAAAUUUUUACAUUACUGGAUUUUCUCUGCUGCUUAUGAUUGUACUGCGGCGUCUGAUUUCUACUUUCUGUCUGCAAGCUUCGCUUGAAGCAAAAUACACUGCAGCUUUGCAACAAGCGAAGAGUGCAUCAGACCAAGCUGAACGAUUUAUGGAUGAGGCUGAUAAACUGAAGAAAGCAGCAAGAGAGGAACUAACUACUGUAAUAAAUACGGAAGAUGAAGAGAAAAGAGUUAAACUUGAAAAGAGAAAUGAGGCUCUUAAGGAGGAAUUGAAUGAGGCUCGUAAAGAAACAGAUAAGGUUCAGACGGAACUGAUGGCGCUCAAGAAACAAGCAGAAGGUGUGAGCAAUGAGUAUGACCGACUGCUCAAAGGACAUGACAAACUACAGGAGAAGGUGAAAGAGCUGGAAGGCGGUGAUACUGAAGACAAGAAGGAUCAGUAGACAUAAUUAGUGUAGAGGGGAGGACCACUGGACGGACGACUGGACGGACAUCCGUAAAUUUGUUGCAGUUGGGGCAUUCGUUAAUUAGGUAGUCACGUGAGAAGAUGGCAUGGGGUGUUUACAUUCUGAUUGCUGACUGGUGGUCCACUCCCACCUCAGCCAAAAAAGCUUA